AUGUUUGCAGGUCUCAUCCCCUUACCGUAUUGGUCACUACUCCCUAUUAUAGCCUAUACUACUCGCCUAGGACCACCUAAUGCGAGAUGUGUCGAUGCCAACCAGUCAGAGAUCACCAAUCUUCUACAACAAUUCAUCGCGUCGUUCCCGUAUGCUUCCAACUUCACUGACACCUACGAGAAAGGAACAGAGCCACUUUCUGGGUCAUAUCAGCUCUCCGGCACAUUAUGUGUACCGAAAACGGGCGAGAGGAAUGUAUCGCAUAUCCAGUUCCUUGUUCACGGUGUAGGGGUUGAUUCCAGAUACUGGGACUAUACUGCAGAUGACGAUGAGUACAGCUACGUCAGUGCUUCAGCUGACGCUGGCAUUGCUACUUUCCGGUACGACCGUCUCGGAACUGGACUUUCAGAAAAGCCCAAGGAUGCUUACAAUGUCGUACAAGCCGCGACGGACACAGCUAUCACUGUGAAGUUUGCCCAAAUGCUUCGCGACGGAUCCAUUGGUAUCAAGGGUCAAAAGUACAACAAGAUACUUGGAGUUGGCCACAGCUACGGUUCAAUCGUAAUGCAGGCUGUUACAUCUAAUGCACCAACGGCGCUGGACGGUGAUAUGUUAACCGGAUUUUCGGCCAAUGCGCAAGACUGCAAUUCCGGUCACGCUCACAUCACUGGCAUUCGGGAUCGCAUCAGUAGUUUCCCCCCAUAA